AUGCCUUCUGCAACGAACCAGGCGCGCGCUAGGAGACAGUAUAGCACGGCAGCACCACCUGCGCCACAACCUCUAAGGCCCAAGCGCCAAGCUUACGAAUCAGAAGAGGAGAAUGAGACCGACAGCGAAAUUGACGAGCUCGAAGAACAUGAAGAACUGGGAUCGGGGACUGAUAUUGGCUCCGAGGACUCCUAUGAGUCUGAGUCCGAGCAAGACAUAGAGACAAAGACUCGCAAGGAGGAACGGAUGAGGAUUGCAAACGACGCACUGGCAGAACUGAGAGUCCGUUUGUCCCCCCUUGACGGAUUCCAGAUAGGCCAACGUGUCUGGGUGUGUACAUCCGAAGAUGAUAAUUAUUGGGAGACAGGCAUAGUAUGCAGAAUCUCAUUCGGCGGCAAUAUAUCAAGAACUACCUACUAUACUGUCUACGACAAGGAAGACGUUAAGAAAGACGACAAGGAAAGCGACGAGGAAAGCGACGAGGAAAGCGACGAGGAAAGCGACGAGGAAGACGGCGAGAAAGACGGCGAGAAAGACGGCGAGAAAGACGGUGAGGAAGACGGUGAGGAAGACGGUGAGGAAGACGGCGAGGGAGACGGCGAGGAACACAACAAGAAACACGUCAAGGAAGUCGACGAGGGACGCUACUUGGGACGAUUCAGAGCAGAACACGGCUUUAUCAAGGCAGACUGCGAAUGGGCACGCGAUUUACUGCGUAGAGCAGGGAGAUUAGCUUAA